AUGGUUGAUCAGACUACUAAACUGAAAAAGCACAUGGAUGUUAGUGUUUUGAAGGCCAGCAGGGAAGCAACACCACCAAAGCACAGCAUGCGGUCGGAGAGGGGCUCAAUUUAUCAUCAAAUUGCUCAUCCAAGUCAGAUAAUAUUUGCUCGCCCAGAAACCUUAUUGGAAGAUAAAAAAAUUUUUCAAAAUAUUUUGAAGUCAAAGUCAUAUCAAGACUCUGUUAAAGCUAUUGUGAUUGACGAAGCACAUCUAGUGGAAGAAUGGUAAGAAUUUUAUUUUAAUAUAAUACUGAGUUUUAAAUUAUAAUAUGGUUGAGGUGCAAAACAUGUAAAAAAACAUUCAGAUUGAGCCUGAACUAUAAUUAUUAUAUAGCAAGUUUCAAAGUUCACUUUUCCUAUAGUUUUAUUGAUCGAGGGUAUGUCAAGUUAGAGUCAAGAAAUUAAAAUUAAGCUGUCUCCCUCUGACUUUCCAGCGAGCAUAGGUCUCUAGAGCACUGGAGCCAGCAGGGCACCCUUGGAGAGACUCCACAGACUCAAUGGGUAAAAGAGUAGGAAGCAUGAUGAUUGUGCAUUGCAGCUGGACUUAUUAACCAUUUAACAUAUCUUUUUCUUGUUUAGGAAAAGUUUUAGACCUUGUUAUGCGAAAAUUGGUAUGCUGACAAGUAUUUUUCCCAAGAUCCCAUUUUUGGCAAUGACAGCAACUGCCAUGUUGCAGAUGAAAAAGGAUAUUACAACCAGUCCAGGAUUGAUCGAUCCAAAACAUAUCGAGAUAAGCCCUGAUCAUCCUACUAUCCUGAUCAUCCUACUAUCCUGA